AUGAAGACUUUCAGCCUUGCAGUCACCGCGCUGCUGGCCGGCCAGUCGGCCGUGGCGCAGAACAUGUUGCGGUUCGCCUGCUCACAGCUCGUGGUUGAGCGUACCGACCCGCUGGUCAACCCAGGGAUGGUCUUCACCCCUCACCUUCACCAGAUCGUCGGUGGCAAUGGGUUUAACGUUACCAUGGAUCCCAACAACGACCCGGCCACGCUGUCGACCUGCACUAGCUGCAGCUUCGUCCAGGACAAGAGCAACUACUGGACAUCCGUCCUGUUCUUCAAGGCAAAGAACGGAAGCUACCACCGCGUGCCUCAGACUGGCAACGGCGGACCGCAGGGCAAGCUCAUCAACAACGGUGGUCUGGAUGUUUACUAUAUCCCCAGUGGAAAGACAACAGCUUUCAAGAAGGGUUUCCGUAUGCUCGCUGGCAACGCGGCCAACACGAACGUGAACUCAGUUAGCAAAGGCAACAUCUGCCAUCGGUGCUGGACCUCGCCGAACGAGGACCAAUUUGUCGGCGGCGCGCCAUGCACUGGCUCUGAUACCGUCGAGGUCCCCAGUGGAUCGAACUGUCAGAUGAUCCGACAAACCAUCAUCUUCCCAGCAUGCUGGGACGGUAAAAACCUCGACAGCCCGAAUCACCAGGACCACGUGGCCUACAGCGGCUCCGGAGCAAGCGGCGGCGGAUCUUGCCCGUCCACACACCCAGUCAAGCUUCCGCAGAUCAUGUACGAACUCAUGUGGAACGUCACUAUGUUCCAGAAGGACCGUAGCAUCUGGCCCACGGACGGCUCCAACCCGUUUGUGUACAGUAUGGGCAUCGGUGGCGCUGCUGCCCACGGUGACUACGUCUUCGGGUGGGAGGGCAACACACUCCAGAAGGCCAUGGACAGUGGCUGCAACCUCAACCGGGACUGCCCUGCGGCUGGCAUCACUGCCCAGCCUGCUGAUAAGUACAAUGCCUGCACCAAGCAGCAACAGGCCAAGGAGCCAGUUGAUGGAUGGCUGCCUGCUCUUCCUAUGGGUGGCAUGAUGGCUAAGCGUUGA